AUGUUAUCAAAUAGUAAUAAUUCAACGUCUCAACAUAUUAAUCAUGUUACUAGAAAUUUUCGAUCAAGUUGGAAAAAUGAAUAUCCAUGGCUUGAAUAUGAUUCUCAGAAUAACCUAAUGUUUUGCACUUUGUGCCAGGCUCAUAAUAAAAAAAAUAAUUUUGCAAAAAAUAGAUCUAAAAAUAUUAAACUUUAUGCUAUUAAAGAACACAUUAAAACCAAAGAUCAUAUUGACUUGUGUAAAAAAAAAGAAGUUAUAACUGUACCACCUGGACAUGUUAUAACACAACUUGGUCAUGCUAUUGACUCUUCAUACUUAAUCUCUACAAAUAGUCUAAUUACAUAUAAAAAUGGUAUUAUAGUUGAUGAAAACAUUGACAUUGCGACAGAAUCACAUUUAAUUGUUUAUGUUAGAUAUAUCUUUAAUAAUAUACAACAUAAAAUUUUUUCAUUUGCAUCAGAUGGUGCAAGUGUAAUACGAGGAAGUAUAAAUGGUGUUGCUACACGAAUGGUUCAAAUGAAUCCAUAUAUGAUUACUACACAUUGUAUUGCACAUAGACUAUCAUUAGCUUGCGAAUCUGCUGAAAAACAGCUUUCUUUAUAUAAAGCUAUAAAUAAUUUUUGUUCUUCAGUUGAACCUUUAUUAGAUACAUUUUUAUAUUUUAUAACUGAAUCAAAAAAUCAAAAAAAUCAAUCUUCAAUUUUAGAUUUAUAUUCAAAACUUUGCAAUUGGAAAACAUUGGCUUUUUUUUACUUUCUUCAAGACAUUCUUACAGAACUUGCCAAAUUAUGUAAGAAAUUUCAAACCCAAUUUCUUUAUUUUUCUGACAUAUACCCUAUAAUUCAUACUAUAAUCACAAUAUUAAAACAAAAUUACUUAGAUAUAGAUAGUGAUAAUAAUUACAAAUUAAGUUCAAAUAUUAAUAGAUUUUUUAAUACUAUAUUUUCUGAAAAAAAUACAAAAAUUGAAUCACAUAAACUGAUUUGGACAUUAGAGCAAGAAGGUAAUUUAUUUGCUGAUAUCACAAAUUUUACAUCAGCAAUUAUUUUAGCAAUUCAAAAACAAUUUCCGAACAAUCCUUUUAUUAAUGCAAUGAAAAUUUUUGAUUUAUCUAAUGGAUCAUUAAAUAGCGAAAAUCUAUCAGAAUUUGGAACAAUUGCAGAAGAUCCAACAUUUUAUGCAUCCUUGCGUGCACCAAUUGUAUCAGGAUUCGGUUAUAAUAAUGAAAUAAACCAUCAAAAUAUGAACCCGCUUAAUGUAGAUGAGCAGAAUACUGAAGUAAUCAUUGAAAGCUCCCAAAACAGUUGGGAUGAGUGGGUAGCUGAAAAUAGAGUAUUACCAAUCAACGAAGCAAAUUUAAGUAGACAAAAACAAAUUGAAGAAUCUAUGACAAAAAAAAAUAAAUCAUCAUCAAAAAAAAUUGUACAAGAUUCUUCAGUAGAUAAAAACAAAAAGCGAAAAAGAGAUCUUUCUUUAGAUAAAGAUGAUCUUAUUAAGAAGCCUAAAGUUAUAAUUUAUAUUCCUGAACAACUUAGGUUACUUUUAGUACAGGAUUGGGAAAAUAUAAAUAAGUCACAAAUGUGGGUGCCGUUGCCACGUAAACCAUCAGUGAAUGAUAUAAUAAGCAAUUAUAAAUCUUGGAAAAUUGAAAAAAAUAAGGAUAAUGAUGGUAUUGCUGAAGAAGUUAGCAAGGGUGUAGGAUUUUACUUUAACAAAUGUUUGGGAACUCGGCUUUUGUAUCAUUCUGAAAGAAAUCAAUAUAAGGAAGUUCGUUCUAAGUUUGAAAACUUGGAAAAUGCUCAAAUUUAUGGAGCCGAACAUUUAUUAAGAUUAUUUGUUAUUUUCCCAAAAUUAAUAUCGAGUACGAAUAUUGGCGAGGAGACAUUGAAUGUUUUGAAAGAACAUUUGAGUGAUUUAUUAAACCAUGUUAAUGAAUGUCAAAAAGAUUAUUUUGUUGACGAAUAUCAAAAGACGCAAUCAUAA